AUGGCUUGUCAAAAGAUUAAAUAUAGAUAUUUAUAUAGCAAACUUGUCAAUUCCAAUUUCAAAUAUAAUUUUUCAAGAAAAAUUUCAUCUACAAAUACAACAAAGAAUAACGAUCAAUUAGAUAAUGCUAUUAAGUACUGUAGUAACCUUGUGAGAAAACAAGAUUCAGAAAAUUAUCUAUGUUCAUUAUUUUAUCCAAAACACAUUCAAAAAGUUCAUUGGGCAAUUCGAGCUUUUAACAUUGAAUUAAUAAUGAUUCGUGAUUCAGUCAGUGAUCCUCGAAUUGGCAAGAUGAGGAUGCAGUUUUGGCGAGAAACAAUAGACAACAUAUUUAAGCAGAAUAAGCCUCCUCAACAGCCUAUAGCGCAAGUUUUACACAACUCUUUAGAUAUAUGCAAUGUUUCUCCGUUAUUUUUUAAAAGAAUUAUUGAUGCAAGAGAUGCACUUUUGGAUGAUCCACCAUUUAUAACGUCCAAGGAUUUAGAAUCAUAUGCUGAAAAUACUGCAUCUUGUCUUCUUUAUUUACACUUGGAAUCAUUGGGUAUUAAGGAUAUACAAGCGGAUCACGCAGCCAGUCAUAUUGGGAAAGCUAUUGGAAUUGUGACUACAUUAAAGGCAUUUCCAUAUCUUGUUAGUAAAAGAAGAAUGAUGUUACCAGCAGAAAUCACUGCAAAGCAUAAUUUUUCCCACGAAGAAAUUUUUCGAAAAGGUCGUGUGCCAGGACUAAAUGAUGCAAUUUUUGAAAUUGCAACAAUAGCCAAUGAUCAUUUAUUGACAGCCAGAACUUUUUUAUCAAAUAUUCCCAUAGAAUCAUUGCCUGCACUACUAUCAGCUGUGUCUUGUAAUUCCUAUUUGAAACGUUUGGAAAAAUAUGAUUUUGACGUGUUCAAUCCAAGACUGAAUAUAAGAGAUUGGAAAUUACCAUUUCAACUAUGGAUAAAUUAUCGUCGUGGUGAAUUUUGA